AUGUCGGCGGAAGCAGACGUCAAGCUCCAGGACUUCAAGAACAUCUUCUCUCUCGAGGGCAAGGUCGCCGUCAUCACAGGUGGAUCGAGAGGAUUGGGACUGCACGCCGCAUCUGGCCUCGCCCAAGCCGGCGCCUCCAAAAUCUUCAUCACCUCUCGCAAAGCCAAAGCCUGCGAAGAAGCCGUCGCGGCCCUCAACGCCCUCCCCAACACCAAAUGCCAGGCCAUCUCGGUCCCCGCGGAUCUCUCGAAGCCCGGCGAGGUUGAAAGACUCGUGAAGGAGGUGGAGAAGCACACGGAUCAUGUGGAUAUCUUGUUCGCGAAUGCCGGCGCGACGUGGGGAGAGGAGUUUGAUAAGCACCCGGAGAAUGCGUUUCAGAAAGUCAUGGAUUUGAAUGUUAAGAGUGUGUUUGUUUGUGCGCAAAAAUUCGCGCCUCUUCUUAGGAAGCGCGGAACGAUUCAGGAGCCUUCGAGGAUUAUCAUCACGGCUUCGAUCGCGGGUAUCGGCGUCGGGACACUAGGCAAACAGGGCACAUACGGCUACUCCGCCUCGAAAGCAGCAGCUCUGCACCUCGGCCGCAACCUGGCCCUCGAACUCGGCCCACAAGGUAUCCUCGUGAACAACAUCGCACCGGGCUUCUUCCCAACCAAGAUGGCGAACGGCCUGAUGGAGCUGAGCGGCGGUGUGGACAAGCUGGCGCAGUUCAGCCCGAACAAGAGACUCGGCCACCCCGAGGAUGUCGCGGCGGCGGUGGUAUAUCUCUGCAGCAGAGCAGGAGGACAUCUGAACGGAGGAACGAUCGUGCUUGAUGGAGGCAGCUCGUGGCAGGCGAAGUUGUAA